AAAAUAAUUCGAUAGACCGAAAUUGUGUUCUUAGAAGAGCGAACAAAAACGGACGACAGUGCAAAAUCACAAAAACAUUAUAACCCUAAUAUACCGAAAUCACAAAAAUAGAAAUAAAAAUAAAACAAAUUAAAAUUUUACUUAUGCGGCCGCUAGUGUGUUAAUAAUUAUUUCAUUUGAAUUAUCUAUCAACUGAUUACCCUUGUAUAUUACGCAACGGAAUAAAUUUCCUCACAUCUGGGGAUAUCAGGAACAAUGUCUCAAGCGUCGUUACAAUCACUCAUCAGACAAUGGAUACACUCUAUUCCAGGGCUUCAUAAAACGAUCCAACAAAUACAGUUUAUAUUUGUUUUCGUUCUACUUAUCUUCUGUUUAAAAGUCAGUGGUUACGAAAAGAUUUACAGUCAGAUGGAGAAACAACGUUACGAUGGCUGGUAUAAUAAUUUAGCUCAUCCCAAUUGGGGUUCUGUAGAUAGCCACUUGGUCCGGAAAGCACCGCCGUCGUACUCUGAUGGUGUUUAUGCUUUGGCGGGUAUAAAUCGUCCUUCUACUAGACGACUAAGCCGUUUGUUUAUGAGAGGACGAGAUGGCCUGGGAUCGAAGUAUAAUCGAACCGCAUUAUUGGCAUUUUUUGGUCAGGUUGUGGCCAACGAAAUUGUGAUGGCAUCUGAAUCGGGAUGUCCCAUUGAAAUGCAUCGCAUUGAAAUCGAAAAAUGUGAUGAAAUAUACGAUAAAUCCUGCAGGGGAGACAAAUAUAUACCUUUCCAUCGCGCUGCCUAUGAUCGGAAUACUGGUUCGAGUCCUAACGCUCCGAGAGAACAAAUUAACCAAAUGUCGGCCUGGAUUGACGGUAGCUUUAUAUAUAGCACUUCAGAGGCUUGGCUAAAUGCAAUGCGUUCAUUUCACAACGGUUCCCUACUGACAGAUAAAAGUGGAAAGUUGCCCAUACGAAAUACCAUGAGAGUUCCGUUAUUUAAUAACCCAGUACCGAACGUUAUGAAAAUGUUGAGUCCUGAGAGGUUAUUUCUACUUGGAGAUCCACGAACCAAUCAAAAUCCGGCAGUACUUUCAUUUGCAAUAUUGUUCCUGCGUUGGCACAACACGUGGGCUCAGCGCAUUAAACAAGCGCACGCUGGAUGGAGUGAUGAGGAUAUCUUUCAGAAGGCCCGUCGUUAUGUGAUUGCCAGUUUGCAGAAUGUUAUCAUGUACGAGUACUUACCAGCUUUUUUGGCUUCUGAGAUACCGCCUUAUGAAGGUUACAAGCAAGAUAUUCAUCCGGGUGUGGGACAUAUUUUUCAAGCUGCAGCCUUUCGAUUUGGUCACACUAUGAUUCCGCCCGGUAUAUAUCGCCGAGAUGCUAGUUGUAAUUAUAAGGCCACAACAAUGGGUUAUCCUGCCAUAAGGCUUUGUUCCACUUGGUGGGAUUCAAGCGACUUUCUAGCAGACACCAAAGUCGAAGAGAUUCUCAUGGGCUUAUCUUCGCAAAUAUCAGAACGCGAAGAUCCUGUUCUUUGCUCCGAUGUGAGAGAUAAACUAUUUGGCCCUAUGGAAUUUACGCGUAGAGAUUUAGGCGCUCUAAAUAUAAUGCGCGGUCGAGAUAAUGGUUUGCCUGAUUAUAAUAGCGCUCGCGUAGCUUUCGGUUUACUUAAGCACAAUAAUUGGACUGACAUCAAUCCUGACCUAUUUUCGAAGCAACCGGAAUUGCUGGAGAGUCUUGUAUCAGCUUACAAUAAUCGAUUUGACGACGUUGACGUGUAUGUGGGUGGAAUGCUUGAAUCCUAUGGUCAACCGGGUGAGCUAUUUAGUACGGUAAUCAAAGAGCAAUUUCAGAGACUCAGGGAUGCCGACCGUUUCUGGUUUGAGAAUGAUAAAAACGGUAUAUUUUCGCGGGAAGAAAUCGAAGAGAUCCGUAAAAUACGCAUGUAUGACAUUAUUGUAAACAGCACUGAUAUUAGCCCGAAGGAUAUUCAAAAAAAUGUUUUCAUAUGGCAUAAGGGUGAUCCAUGUCCGCAACCAAUGCAAUUAAACGCUACUGAAUUGGAGCCAUGCACUCACUUAGAAGGUUACGAUUAUUUUUCCGGGUCCGAACUUAUGUUUAUUUACGUUUGCGUUUUUCUGGGAUUUGUACCAAUUCUAUGUGCUGGAGCUAGUUAUUGCGUUGUCAAAUUGCAGAAUAGUAAGCGUCGCAAAUUGAAGAUACGUCAGGAGGCUUUGCGGUCUCCUCAACACAAGGGUUCUGUAGACAAAAUGUUAGCUCGCGAGUGGCUACACGCAAAUCACAAACGCCUUGUUACUGUUAAAUUUGGACCGGAAGCUGCCAUUUACACGGUAGACCGUAAGGGAGAAAAGCUGAGGACAUUUAAUCUUAAAAAUAUCGGUUUAGUCACAGUAGAGGAAUCAGCUACAAAUCAUAUUAAAAAGAAACCAUAUAUCCUGUUACGAGUGCCCAACGACCACGACCUGGUUCUGGAACUUGAGUCCUAUGGAGCUCGCAGAAAAUUCGUCAAAAAACUAGAGGACUUUUUAAUAUUGCAUAAAAAAGAAAUGACUCUGGUCGAAGUAAAUCGUGAUAUAAUGCUAGCUAGAGCCGAAACUCGUGAAAGAAGGCAAAAACGACUGGAGUACUUUUUUCGCGAAGCUUACGCUUUAACAUUCGGUUUACGACCCGGAGAAAGACGACGUCGUUCGGACGCUUCCACAGACGGUGAGGUAAUGACAGUAAUGCGCACCAGCUUGUCAAAAGCAGAAUUUGCCGCUGCUCUCGGCAUGAAACCGAACGACAUGUUUGUCCGUAAAAUGUUUAAUAUUGUCGAUAAAGAUCAAGAUAGUCGGAUAAGUUUUCAAGAGUUCUUAGAAACGGUGGUUUUAUUUUCGCGAGGUAAAACAGACGAUAAACUACGUAUUAUUUUCGAUAUGUGCGAUAAUGAUCGCAAUGGAGUCAUUGACAAAGGUGAACUCAGUGAAAUGAUGCGUUCUCUAGUUGAAAUAGCUCGUACUACAAGCCUCGGCGAUGAUCAAGUAACUGAACUGAUUGAUGGAAUGUUUCAGGAUGUAGGGUUGGAGCACAAAAAUCAUUUAACCUAUCAGGAUUUUAAGUUGAUGAUGAAAGAAUACAAGGGCGAUUUUGUAGCUAUUGGCUUGGAUUGCAAAGGGGCUAAGCAGAAUUUUUUAGAUACCUCGACAAAUGUAGCCAGGAUGACUUCAUUCAACAUUGAGCCAAUGCAGGAAAGGCCCCGCUAUUGGAUGGAAGUGAAAUGGGAUAGUUACAUAACAUUUCUAGAAGAAAACCGUCAAAAUAUUUUCUAUUUGUUCUUAUUUUACGUUAUAACAAUUGUUUUGUUCGUUGAACGAUUUAUACAUUAUUCAUUCAUGGCUGAACAUACAGAUUUGCGCCAUAUUAUGGGUGUUGGCAUUGCUAUCACUCGAGGUUCAGCUGCCUCAUUGUCAUUUUGCUAUUCCUUGCUGUUGCUUACGAUGUCCAGAAAUCUAAUAACAAAAUUAAAGGAAUUUCCCAUACAGCAGUAUAUUCCUUUAGAUUCGCAUAUACAGUUUCAUAAAAUUGCUGCCUGCACGGCUCUUUUUUUUUCUGUACUACACACUGUGGGCCAUAUUGUUAACUUUUAUCAUGUGUCCACGCAAUCACAUGAGAACCUGAGAUGUCUAACUCGUGAAGUGCACUUUGCAUCAGACUAUAAACCGGAUAUAACGUUUUGGCUCUUUCAAACAGUGACGGGUACUACUGGUGUCCUGCUGUUUAUUAUUAUGUGCGUCAUAUUUGUUUUCGCUCAUCCUACCAUUCGCAAAAAGGCGUAUACAUUUUUUUGGAAUAUGCAUUCACUUUACAUUGCUCUGUAUUUGCUAAGUCUCAUACAUGGGUUAGCUCGGCUCACAGGUCCGCCGCGUUUCUGGAUGUUUUUUCUUGGACCCGGUAUAAUAUACACGCUGGAUAAAAUUGUUUCACUGCGUACCAAGUAUAUGGCUCUGGAUGUGAUUGAAACUGAGUUGCUGCCAUCCGACGUUAUCAAAAUAAAGUUCUAUCGUCCGCCUAACUUGAAGUACCUUUCUGGCCAGUGGGUUCGACUGUCAUGUACUGCGUUUCAGCCUCACGAAAUGCAUAGUUUUACGUUGACAUCAGCGCCUCAUGAAAACUUUCUCAGUUGCCACAUUAAAGCCCAGGGUCCUUGGACAUGGAAAUUACGCAAUUAUUUCGAUCCAUGCAAUUAUAAUGCUGAGGAUCAACCUAAAAUACGUAUAGAAGGUCCGUUCGGAGGCGGUAACCAGGAUUGGUAUAAAUUCGAGGUAGCUGUUAUGGUAGGAGGCGGUAUCGGAGUCACGCCAUAUGCUUCAAUUCUAAACGAUUUAGUAUUUGGCACAAGCACGAAUCGUUAUUCAGGAGUGGCCUGCAAAAAAGUUUAUUUUCUUUGGAUCUGCCCAUCACACAAGCACUUUGAAUGGUUUAUAGAUGUGCUACGUGAUGUGGAGAAGAAAGACGUAACUAACGUUUUGGAAAUUCAUAUAUUCAUAACUCAAUUUUUCCACAAAUUUGAUUUAAGAACUACAAUGCUGUACAUUUGCGAAAAUCAUUUUCAACGUCUUUCUAAAACAUCUAUAUUUACUGGCUUAAAAGCUGUUAAUCAUUUCGGACGUCCGGAUAUGUCUAGCUUUUUGAAAUUUGUACAAAAAAAACAUUCAUAUGUUUCCAAAAUCGGUGUUUUCUCUUGCGGACCUCGACCGCUAACCAAGAGUGUGAUGUCAGCUUGUGAUGAAGUCAAUAAAACGCGAAAGUUACCCUAUUUCAUACAUCACUUCGAAAAUUUCGGUUAAAGUUUCAAAAAUGUCCUUAGUAAAAAUUUAUUUAUUUAGAAAAAGCGCAAAAAUGAAGAAAAUUACCCAAAACAAAUAAUAGGCAUUAACUGACUUUCAAAAAACUUUUGUAAAAUUUUCGAAGUUAGUUGAUAAGUAGUUAAAAUUUUGUUUUAACAAAAAAUGGACAGCAGUUGCAAGAGAAAAAACUCAAUAACUGAAUCGCUCGAGAAUGAAUUUUUAAAGCUCGUCUGUCAAAUCUUGAAAACUUUAUAAGUUCACGUUUUGCGGUCGCCCGACCAUGGGAUGCGAAGCAUGUACUUACAUUGAGAGGAAUAAUUUUUGAUAUUUCAUCAUGAAAUUAAGUGAGGAAUUGUGAUAGGCGAAGUGCUUUACAAUAUUUAAUCGUCGGCUUUGCCCGACUAUACUAUUUUUCUUGUGUUUUCUUAAAUGUUACCCUUACACAGAUAAAUGGUGUUUAAAUAUUGCGAAGUAUGGAAAGUUCUGUAUUUGAAGAAGAGGAGAAAAAAUUCUUUUAUUUUUAAUUUUGUAAGAUGAGUCUUCCAUUCAUUCUGUUUAAUUUAUUUAUCAACAUCUUUUUAUUCUUGUUGCUUAUGGCGUAAUUGUUAAUUUCUCUAAUGCUGCAAAUAAAUCAUUAGAUCGAAAGGUAUUGAAAACAAUAAAAUAAAUAAUGU